AUGACAGUUAAAUUGCUUUGUCGAAAAAAUCUGGGAUUGUAUGGGAAUCCAUGUAGAAAUUUAUGGAUUUAUAUAGGAAACUAUGGAUACCUUGAUUCCCAUACAUGAAUUCUCCAUAGAAAACUGUGGGUACUUGAAGUUCUGAAUAGGAAAUUCAUAUGGGAAACUCUAUAUAUUUGUAUUCCAAUCCAUGGAUUCCCCAUAGAAAACUGUGGGUGUCUGGAUUCCCAUGUAGAAAAUCUAAAUAGGAAUUUAUGAAUACCUGAAUUCCCAUACAGGAAAUCUAUAUGGGGAACUACAGGCACCUAGAUUCCUAUAUAGUAAAUUCAAAUGGGAAACUAUGGAUUCUUGGAUUCUAAGAAUUUAUAUCUGUAAAUGCUAUAUGGGAAUUUUUAUAGGAAUCUAAGCUGGAUUUUUUUUAUAAGUGAUGCGGUAGAUGUCUGAUAAAAAACGUAAGAGAAUAGUAGAAUGGGCAAUGAGAAAUCAACGCCCAAAAAGUCGGAAGCACGAGAACACAGAGGAUACACCAAAAGCGCAGAUGGAACCCCAGCGAAAACACCAGAGCCUCGACGUUCGAAAAAAAAAAUAACUAAACCGAAAAGUUCAUCUGGACCGUCGAAUCCGUUUUUGAUAUUUUUUCUGAGGAUGAGAAGCAAGAAACCUAAUGAACAUGUCACUGUUAUCGCACGUGCUGCGGGUAGACAGUGGGCUAAAAUGACUCCGGAUCAACGUCAGAAGUAUGUCAAUCUCGCUAAUUCUGCUAAGAAACGUAAAGUUGUUAAGAAAAAGAAAAAACGUGAUGAAGAUGAACGUGAUCCAGAAUAAACGUUUAAAUUUAAAGACAAAUUAUUUAAAUUUACAAACAAGUCAUGAAAUAUUUUUAAAAAUUACUCCGUAUUUUAAAUUCAGACAACAAAAUUUUUAUAUUGCAGUCAUAGAAUAUUCAAAUAUUUAAAAAUUAAAAAAAAAAAUGUUCAAUUU